UUCCAAAUUCCGAGAGCACAAUCACGGUCGUAGUAACAACAGUCAUAAUCACAAUCAUAACAAUAAAACAAAGGGCAAGUCGCCGCCGACCCGGCCCAGCGAGACGCCCCCACCUCCCCCCGGCCAUGGGCUCCGGCGUGGAAGUCCUGCGCUUCCAGCUCCCGGGCCACGAGGCGGCCACGCUGCGGAACAUGAACCAGCUGCGGGCGGAGGAGCGGUUCUGCGACGUGACCAUCGUGGCGGACAGCCUGAAGUUCCGGGGCCACAAGGUGAUCCUGGCGGCCUGCUCGCCCUUCCUGCGGGACCAGUUCCUGCUGAACCCCAGCUCGGAGCUGCAGGUGUCACUCAUGCACAGCGCCCGCAUCGUGGCCGACCUCCUGCUGUCCUGCUACACGGGGGCCCUGGAGUUCGCCGUCCGCGACAUCGUCAACUACCUGACGGCCGCCUCCUAUCUCCAGAUGGAGCACGUGGUGGAGAAGUGCCGCAACGCCCUGAGCCAGUUCAUCGAGCCCAAGAUCGGGCUCAAGGAAGAGGGGGAGGGCCCCGCCGCGGCCAUGGCCGCCGCCCCGGGCUGCGGUCGCCCCGGCGGCUCCGGGGUGGGCCGCCCCGGCGGGGUCGGCCUGGCCAAGUCCCUCCUCCUCCCCGCCCGGGUCCCCAAGGCCGCCCCGCGGGCCCCGCCCCCGCCCCCGCCGCUCCUCCGCCCGGUCAAGCUGGAGUUCCCCCUGGACGAGGACCUGGAGCUGAAGGCCGAGGAGGAGGACGAGGAGGAGGAGGAGGACGUGGCGGACAUCUGCAUCGUCAAGGUGGAGUCGGCCCUGGAGGCGGCCCACCGGCUCAAGCCCCCCGGGGGCGCGGGCGGCGGGGUGGGGGGCGGCGGCGUGGGCGGCGGCGGGGUGACCGGGGGGCUGCUGGAGGCCCUGGCGGGCGGGUUGCCCCCCGGGGAGCUGCCGCCGCCCCAGGGGGUGGUCAAGGCCUGCUACAGCCUGGCCGAGGACGGGGAAGGGGAAGGGCUGCUGCUGCUGCCCGGCGGGCUGGGGGCCCUGAGCGCGGCCGGGCUCGGCGAGCAGGUGGUGGCGGCCGCCGUGGUGGCCGGGGGCGGGGCCGGCGGGCGCGGCGUGGGCCCGCUGCCGGGGGGCUCCGGGGGGAACCCCCUGAAGAACCUCAAGUGCACCAAGUGCCCGGAGGUGUUCCAGGGGGUGGAGAAACUGGUGUUCCACAUGCGCGCCCAGCACUUCGUCUUCAUGUGCCCGCGCUGCGGCAAGCAGUUCAACCACAGCAGCAACCUGAACCGCCACAUGAACGUCCACCGCGGGGUCAAGUCCCACUCGUGCGCCGUCUGCGGCAAGUGCUUCACGCAGAAGUCCACGCUGCACGACCACCUCAACCUGCACUCGGGCGCCCGCCCCUACCGCUGCUCCUACUGCGACGUGCGCUUCGCCCACAAGCCCGCCAUCCGCCGCCACCUCAAGGAGCAGCACGGCAAGACCACGGCCGAGAACGUGCUGGACGCCAGCGUGGCCGAGAUCAACGUGCUCAUCCGCUAGCGGCCGGCCCGG